CGUAUCCUCAUCGUGCCGAAUGGAAGUUUUGCUCAUUUUUCAGACUACAUACACGUAAUUCUACUGAUACAUUUCCAAAGUAACACAAGCAAAUGGAUCAAUAACCAAAUCAGAUGGAUGGAUAAUUGCACACUACUGAACUCGACGUGAUACAUAAUGUUACACUUCGUGUUCGUAAAUAUUGGCUAAGUUGGAACCGUGAUCAUCUGUUAUUUCUUUAAGUUUGUAGUUGUAGAUUAAGUUAAAUUUUAUUUUACAUCGCAUAAAAUGGAUAAUUUUGACACCCCAUUUCCACACGCCUUCCUCGAGGGGGAAUACAUGGUUGGUUGGUCGCCCAAAACCGUGGAUGAACUUGACUUGAUCAAACUGGCCAACUGUAUCAGGGAGAAGGUCGACUGGGAAAGGAAAAUGAGGGAUCCCACCAUUGUAGAAAAGUGGAAAAAUGAAGUUAUCGCAAUGAAACCCCGAAUUAAUAAAAUUAUUGAAAAAUUUGAGUAUGUUCUUGCCGAGUUGGAAUGGGUGUUGGCAAAUCGGGAUUCUGUUACUGGAAUUGAACCCUCCACCGUUGACAAUACUUAUCACUCUGAUCGCCUUAUUGAAGAGUCGCUUCGACAAGAAUUGAUAACCUGCGUUCGGGCUUUGGAGGAUGUGCCAGAUUCGCAAAAAGAUUGGCACCCUGGCAGCAAUAACCAAGUUCUGGACUUAGUUCACCCGUCUCUGUUUCCAUUGGUGAUUCGAGAGACUCCUAUUCUAAGGAAUACGCAUGCAGCGACGAGACCGGUGGCGAAUGUUUCUGCUGGAGCGUCAUCUUCAGAGAGCUACAAUCACCUUAUGUACUUUGCUGACAAAGCUGAUCUAUUGUCUGCGGAUGAGGCGGGGGCACAAGCUCUCGCCCCUGUCGAUCAAUUUCCGCCAUAUGCAAAGUCUUUGAACUAUCAAUGGCUUCCUGCAGACGUAUCUGUGAAUGAGCAAGGAUCCGUCCAAUUUGACUCUUACAUCAAUAAUCUCCAUCCAGAACAUUACCCUAAAUUAUAUUCCACAUUGGAAAAAAUCCUUGGAAAAUUUAUUCCAAUGUUUGAUAAGGUGUUGACAAGUUUAAGACAUCCGCGUAAAAAUCGGAUAGUCCUCCCAGAUUCAGAUUGGUAUGAGGAAGUGGUGCUUCCUGACGGGGACGCGUCGGACUAUGAUGAAAGUGACAGCUUGGAAAAAAUAUUUAAGCCUUUCGUCAUCCCCCAAUUUGAAGCUCCACUCAUUCCCCCAACUGAGGUCAAAUUGAACUGGAGAAAGUUGCAAGUCAUUGUAAAGUUGGCAAAUAUUCACCUCACUCCUGAUAAACCAGAGUACCCAGGAGGAGUUUGGCAUCUUGAAGGAAUGGCGAAUGAGAGGAUUAUCGCAUCUGGAAUUUAUUACUAUUCACAAGAAAACAUUACUGAAUCCCGUCUAAACUUUCGACAAGCUAUACAAGAGCCAGACUACGAGCAAUAUGACGACACGGGGGUUGCAGUUGUGUACGAUUUGAGGGAUGAAGAGGCUCUCAAUCAAAAUUUAGGUACGAUUGUUACCAAAGAGUCGAGAUGCAUUGGAUUUCCAAAUACACUGCAACAUCAAGUAGCUCCAUUUCAGCUCAUAAACCCCACGGAAAGUGGACAUCGGAAAAUCCUAGUAUUCUUUCUAGUUGAUCCAACAGUGCAAAUUCUAUCAAGCUCUCGGGUACCUCCACAAUCAAGAUCUUGGUUCUUAAAAGAGAUGGACAAGGAGGCAACAUGCAUGCCAGACCUUAUUGUACAUAAAAUUGUGGGUAUGUUAUCAUGGCCAGUGGGACUUGAAGAAGCUAAAAAAACGAGGGAUUUGCUGAUGCAAGAGAGAAAAUUUUUUGUACAAAAUAACAACGAAUCCCUAUUUGAAAGGCCAUUUUCCUUGUGCGAGCACUAAAUCUUCUGAAUUUUCAGAUAUGCACUAGGUAAUGAGUUGCAUGUACAUAUGUUACUUAUAUUCAAUCUCAGGAUUUUGCAGUAUUUAAGAGAAUAUUUUUAGGUUAGCUUAUUAUUCAAUGAAGUAUUAGGUAUUAUUUUUCUGAAUAAAGUUUUGAAAUUAAGUAA